AAGUUUCAAAGCAAUCAACAAUUUCCAACCUUCUUAUCAUCUUCCUCUCUUGUCUUUGAACUUUACAAACAUGAACUCAUUCACAUGCACACAUUGAAUUUGAAAACCAGAAAAACAAAGACAUAUACAUGACAAAAUCAUUUCAUUUUGUUCUGUCUUUGUUCCUCUUAUUAUUAAACCAAACAAAUUCUCAGUCUCAUAUAUAUGAUCAAGAACACAAAGUCCUAUUAAACAUUAAACAAUACCUUAACAACACUUCUUUCCUUAACCAUUGGACAACAUCAUCAAAUUCCAAUCAUUGUUCUUGGAAAGGAAUCACUUGCACAAAUGAUUCUGUUUCUGUCACUGGAAUAACACUUUCACAGAUGAAUAUCACACAAACAAUACCACCCUUUAUUUGUGAUGAACUCAAAAGCCUUACACAUGUUGACUUCAGUUCCAACUUCAUCCCUGGUGAUUUUCCAACACUAUUCUAUAAUUGUUCAAAGCUUGUUUACUUAGAUCUUUCUAUGAACAAUUUUGAUGGUAUUAUUCCUAAUGAUAUUGGAAAUUUGAGUACUAGUUUGCAAUAUCUUAAUCUUGGUUCAACAAAUUUUCAUGGUGGUGUUCCUGAUGGGAUUGGAAAGUUGAAGGAGUUGAGAGAGCUUAGAAUUCAAUAUUGUUUAUUGAAUGGUACUGUUUCUGAUGAGAUUGGUGAAUUGUUGAAUCUUGAGUAUUUGGAUUUGUCUUCUAAUACUAUGUUUCCUUCUUGGAAAUUGCCUUUCAGUUUGACCAAGUUGAACAAAUUGAAGGUUCUUUAUGUUUAUGGCUCUAACUUGAUUGGUGAAAUACCUGAAAAAAUUGGAGAUAUGGUUUCUUUGGAGACGUUGGAUAUGUCAAGAAAUGGUUUAACUGGUGAAAUUCCUAGUGGUUUGUUCAUGCUGAAGAAUCUGAGUCAACUUUUUCUUUUCGAUAACAAGCUUUCUGGUGAAAUUCCUAGUGGUUUGUUCAUGCUGAAGAAUCUGAGUCAACUUUCUAUUUACAAUAAUAAGCUUUCUGGUGAAAUACCUAGUUUGGUUGAAGCAUUGAACUUGACUAUGCUUGAUCUUGCUAGGAACAAUUUUGAAGGGAAAAUACCUGAAGAUUUUGGAAAGCUUCAAAAGUUAACAUGGUUGAGUUUGUCUCUCAAUAGUUUAUCAGGUGUGAUACCAGAAAGUAUAGGCCAUCUUCCGUCUCUUGUUGAUUUUCGUGUUUUUUCGAACAAUUUAUCAGGUACUAUUCCUCCUGAAUUCGGUCGCUUUUCAAAGCUCAAAACCUUUCAUGUUUCCAACAAUAGUCUUAUUGGAAAGUUACCUGAGAAUUUAUGCUAUUAUGGUGAGUUACUCAACUUAACAGCUUAUGAAAAUAGUCUUAGUGGUGAAUUACCAAAAUCACUAGGAAAUUGUAGUAAGUUGUUGGACUUGAAAAUUUAUAGUAAUGAAUUUACUGGUACUAUUCCUAGAGGUGUUUGGACAUUUGUCAAUUUGUCAAAUUUCAUGGUAAGCAAGAAUAAGUUCAAUGGUGUUAUUCCAGAAAGAUUGUCUUUAAGCAUUUCGCGAUUCGAGAUAGGUAACAAUCAGUUUUCUGGUAGAAUUCCAUCUGGUGUAUCUUCAUGGACUAAUGUGGUAGUUUUUAAUGCAAGGAACAAUUUCUUAAAUGGAAGUAUUCCACAAGAGUUAACAUCACUUCCAAAAUUAACAACUCUUUUGCUUGAUCAGAAUCAGUUCACUGGUCAAAUUCCAUCUGAUAUAAUAUCAUGGAAGUCCUUAGUAACUCUUAAUUUGAGCCAGAACCAACUUUCUGGACAAAUUCCAGAUGCAAUUGGAAAAUUACCUGUCCUAAGUCAACUUGAUUUGUCAGAAAAUGAACUUUCUGGCGAAAUUCCAUCUCAACUUCCAAGACUCACCAAUCUCAAUCUAUCCUCUAAUCAUUUGAUAGGAAGGAUUCCAAGUGACUUUCAAAAUUCAGGGUUCGAUACAAGCUUUUUGGCUAAUUCUGGUCUUUGUGCCGAUACACCAAUACUGAACAUCACUUUGUGCAACUCUGGUAUUCAAAGUGAAAACAAAGGAUCAUCAUGGUCUAUUGGUUUGAUUAUAGGCCUUGUGAUAGUAGCAAUCUUUUUGGCUUUUUUUGCUGCUUUCUUGAUUAUCAAAGUUUUCAAGAAAGGAAAGCAAGGUUUGGAUAAUUCAUGGAAGCUUAUUUCCUUUCAAAGGCUUAGUUUCAAUGAAUCAAGCAUUGUCUCAUCAAUGACAGAACAAAAUAUUAUUGGAAGUGGCGGAUUUGGCACGGUAUACCGAGUUGAAGUCAAUGGUUUAGGCAAUGUUGCUGUGAAAAAGAUAAGGAGUAACAAAAAGUUAGAUGAUAAACUCGAGAGUUCGUUUCGCGCAGAAGUUAAAAUACUGAGCAAUAUUCGUCAUAACAACAUUGUGAAAUUAUUGUGUUGUAUCUCUAAUGAUGAUUCUAUGCUUCUUGUCUAUGAGUAUCUUGAAAAAAAAAGUCUAGAUAAGUGGCUGCACAUGAAGAGUAAGUCGUCGUCAUCAACUUUGUCAGGCUUAGUACAAAAACAGGUGGUUCUUGAUUGGCCAAAGAGAUUGAAAAUAGCUAUUGGUACUGCUCAAGGUUUGAGCUACAUGCAUCAUGAUUGUUCACCACCUAUUGUACAUAGAGAUGUUAAAACAAGCAACAUACUUUUGGAUGCUCAUUUCAAUGCAAAAGUUGCUGAUUUUGGUCUAGCUAGGAUUUUAAUCAAGCCAGAAGAACUUAACACAAUGUCAGCUGUGAUUGGCUCAUUUGGCUACAUUGCUCCAGAAUAUGUUCAAACAACAAGAGUUACUGAAAAGAUUGAUGUGUUUAGCUUUGGAGUAGUCCUAUUGGAACUAACAACUGGUAAAGAAGCUAACUAUGGAGACCAAUACUCGUCUCUUUCGGAGUGGGCGUGGCGUCACAUUUUGCUAGGAACCAAUGUAGAAGAAUUACUAGACAAAGAUGUGAUGGAAGCAAGUUACAUGGAUGAAAUGUGUACAGUUUUCAAACUUGGUGUCAUGUGUACAGCAACAUUGCCUUCUAGUAGGCCUUCCAUGAAAGAAGUGUUGCAGACAUUGCUUAGCUUUGCAGAGCCAUUACCUUAUGUUGAGAAGAAAGUUGGCCACUACUAUGAUGCUGAUCCUCUUCUUAAGGAUUCAAAAAAGGACACUAGGUUUGAUGUUGAUGAUGAUGAUGAUGAUAUGUGAUAAUCCUAGUUCUUAGAAAUGUACUUUAGUCAUGAUUCUGAUGAUUUUUAGGUAGCACUUUUCCUACAUAUUUUUGUAUUAUAAAUAUAUAUUUUUAUAGUAGCUUUAGUAUGCACUAAAAGAGUUUGACAAUGUAUGCCAAAUUCUAUGUUAGUGACAAUUCUAGUACAUAGGAUAGUGGGGUUAGAAUUUAAUGAAUCCAUAGCAAUUUGAGGUAGUGGUUUUAGUAUGGAAAAUAAAAAGGGAAAUAAUGUAAUUUGUUGGAGGUUAGUUGUGUGGAAACACAAUGUCUUUUUUUUCAAAGUCAAUGGUCAAUGUUUGCUGCUAGCUGAAUUCUGUUUUGUUAUGGGAUUCCAUCUUCUCUCAUGAUGUAGAUAUGAGGCCUUAAUAAAUGUGGUGUUCCACUUCCAUCUUCUCACAUGAUGUAGAUGUAAUGUAUUAAUAAAUGUGUAACUUUUCUUUAUAUAAAAAUAGGAAGACUUAUUGAAUUUA